UUGUACAACCUCCACCAUAUGUCCCCAAACCACCACCAUCACCACCUGUUGUACCACCAAGCCCACCAACACCAACACCUACCCCAGUUGUACCACCAAGCCCACCAACACCAACACCUACCCCAGUUGUACCAGUUAAGCCUCCUCCACCCACUGAGACACCAUGCCCUCCUCCACCACCACCAGUGCCAACCCCAUCACCACCACCAAAGGACACGUGUCCCAUCGACACUAUCAAGUUGGGAGGUUGUGUGGAUGUGUUGGGUGGCCUCAUUCACAUUGGAAUUGGCAGCAGUGCCAAGGAUGCAUGCUGUCCAGUGCUUCAAGGGCUGGUGGACUUGGAUGCUGCCAUUUGCCUUUGCACCACCAUCAAGCUUAAGCUUCUCAACAUCAACAUCAUCCUCCCCAUCGCUCUUCAGGUUCUGAUUGACUGUGGGAAAACUCCACCCUCUGGAUUCCAGUGCCCUGCAUAGUUGAAGUUGAUCAUCAUCACAGCACAGUCCUAAAUUUCCCAAUUCACUGUGGUUUAAUUAAUUAGCAUAAUAUGUGUCAGCUAAUAAUUAAUAGCAUGUGAAAGCUUGGAAGUAAAAACUACUUCUUGAGGGAUCAAUUUCUGUCGUAAUUUGUUGUUUUGUUUUUGUUUAUCUGAUAGUGUAUCAGAUCGAUAUACGUACUGUGGUAAUAUUAAUUAUUAAGUCAUGUUAAUUUUGAUGAAAUUAAUGUGAAUGUUUUGCUCUAU